AUGGCAACUGGACAACGUCUCUUUACUGAUGCAUUCCGCGAUAUGCAGCGUGCUGUCGAAACCUUCCGUUCUGGCAGUUACCCUCCUUCAGAUGUUAUUGAUCAUGCUGAAUACUUUACGUUGGAAGCUGAAUUACCUGGUUAUACUAAGAAGAAUAUCAAGUUUGAGGUAGUUGAUACUCGUACUUUAAUCUUGAGUGGCUCUCUUAAUGAUGAUGAGUAUGAAGCACAUCAUCAAAGCGAUUCUUCUCGUACUCAAGAGGUCGAAAAGAGUCGCCAACGUAAGGCUCAAUAUUUGAUCAGAGAACGUAAUCCUGCUGAAUCUUUCUCAAGACAAUACAACUUCCAUACUCAUAUCAAGUCUGAAGGUAUUAAGGCUCGCUUCCAAGAUGGUAUUCUUAAGGCUAUUGUACCCAAGGUUAAUAUCGAAAAGCACCAACAAAUCAAUAUUGAUUAAGUGAAUAUUUUCCUUUUUUUCUCACACUAUGACUUGCACAUUAAUCAUUCUUUUAAAAAAAAUCUUAUGAAAAAUCAAUAAAAAAAAAAUCUUCUAUUUGCUCAUUU